AUGACUGAUCCUGCCAAAGAACAAAAUAUCGUUGGAAGCGACCCAAUGUCUGCCUUGUCGAGCGAGUCUGUUUCAUCAGUCAGUCCCAGCAGCCCACCGCAUUCGAUAAUAUCGUCGAAUCCCUCCGAGGAUCAGGAUGAUCAAACGCGAAUUCAACCAGUUCAACAUAACGGAUUUGUCGUUGACUCCGGGCCAAACGCUCUGCAUCUCGACGCCGAAGUCGAUGGAGAUGUCGGACGACAUGGCCCGGGCGGCCCAGAACACAUCAUUCACAUAUCAAGCAUUGAACGUUGUAUGCCUCGAUCGUACAUUCGCAUUUGCUUGGCAUAUCGCUUGCCAGACCCAGAUAUGCUCCCCGAGGUGGAGAAGAAACUGAACAGCUUUAUUAGGAGAACGAUUGAUGCGAAGCCGUACCUGUGCGGCUACGUGGUGGCGGUCCGAGAGCCGGGGAACCGGGUUGGUGCAAUCGAAGUACGCUUCUCCGACAGAGACUUUGUGGAAUUUCCCCGAGUCAACUUCCGCCGCCUCACACAUGCAGAGGUCCCAUAUAGUUACGAUGAUCUCGACCGGAUGGGCUUACCUCCGAGCAUCAUCAAGCCCGAACUCAUUUCCGCAUUGGCCGAAUCUGCUGACGAAGAUCGAGCUCCCGUGUUUCGUGUCCAAGCAAAUCUGGUGGAAGGAGGUCUCAUUGUCUCCGUCUACUUACACCAUUGCAUCUCCGAUGGCACCGGAAUUGGCAUGUUGAUAUCAGGCAGUGUGCUGAAGGACGAAUUCACUUUUGACCGUCCCGUCGAUGCCGACGGCCAUGACAUGCCAGGUCUUUCGUCGAGACUGCACGCAUAUGCCAACCGCAAGAGUGUCGUCAGAGAGGCGCUCUCGUACAUUCCCGAAAAUCUGGUCUAUGAUCGACAGCUGAAGUGCAAGAGCACCAGUGCGGCAUCUCCGGUGAAUCAUCCCACCAGGCCUCGUGGACGUGGCUGCGUCGUCGCCUUCUCCUUGGAAAAGCUGGCGGAGGUCAAGAGAUCGUUGGAAUGUCAUGCUGAUGGUAAUUUCAUGACACCGAAUGACGUUCUCCUGGCAUUGCUCUGGCACCACAUGACCAGGGCCCGGGCGCCGUCGCUGUUGCAAAGCAGCCAGAUCACUCACUCCAAGCUGCUCAUCCCCAUCAACAUCCGAAACAAGCUUGGAGAACCGCUUCCGGAGUCCUAUUUCGGUGCUGCCAUUGAUUUUGCCGCCUGUGAGCAGCCAAUCCCGCCUCUGGCGAACGCGAGUACUCCUCAAAUCGUGCAAACGGCCAUGGCGAUACGUAAAGCCAUCAACAGUGUCGACGAGCCGUAUAUUCGGCAAGCCAUCGCUCUGGCAAAAUACGCAGGACCCGACCGUGAUGUUCGAGACUUGCAAGCGAGCAACAUGGAUCGAGCCAACGGAGCCGACAUGUACGUAACAAGCUGGGAGAAGUUGAAGUGCUAUGAGACCACAUUCGACAUGGAUCUGGGGCCACCCGACUGGGUGCGUAAACCAUGGUCGAAAGACCCUGGUUCGUGCAUCGUGCUUCCGUACGACGACCGAAAGGAAUUCAUCGAAGUCGUCAUUCAAAUGACAGAAAUCGAUAUGGAACGAUUACUGGACGAUUGCGAAUUCAUGCAAUAUGUUGUCAGAGUCAUAGACUAA